AACUCCCAACCGUCCCCGCGUGCGUGACGCUGACGGCCGCAUCCGCCGGAUCCAUCGUCCACCUGACAAAACCCCGCCCCCGCUAGGCGGCUGAGCUUCCCUUCCACUCUCUCUUCCCCUGCAGCCUGCAGCUAAGCUAAUCCACCCCCACCCCCGAGCUGAAUCGCCCCUCUUCCCCUUUCUAUCCUCAUCCUCCCCCCGCUGCCGCGAGCUCAACCUGUGCAUGGUCGUCGCAGCAACAGCUCCAUGAAGGUGCUCUGCUCCGCGUGCGAGGCGGCCGAGGCGCGCCUGCUCUGCUGCGCCGACGAGGCUGCCCUCUGCGCGCGCUGCGACCGCGACGUGCACGCCGCCAACCGCCUCGCCGGCAAGCACCACCGCCUGCCGCUCCUCCCGCCCGACGACGUCUCCGCGCCCAACUGCGACAUAUGCCAGGAGGCCCACGCCUACUUCUUCUGCGUGGAGGACCGCGCGCUGCUCUGCCGGGCCUGCGACAUGGCCGUGCACACGGCCAACGCCUUCGUCUCCGCGCACCGCAGGUUCCUCCUCACCGGCGUCCAGGUCGGCCUGCAGCCCGCCGCCGCGGCCCAGGACGCAGACCCGCACCCGCCCGCCGCCGCGGAACCCCUCCAGACGCCCCCGCCGCCCGACAGGAAGGCGGCGGCGGCCGGCGACGGCAGCAGCCCGGCGCUGCUCUACAGCGACGACGACAUCGACUGGGCGGCCGGCGCGGACGCCGGCGGCGGCGUCAGCGUCGCCGUCACCCUGCCGGACUGGUCGCUCGUCCACGAGCAGUUCGGCGCCCCGCCGGUGGUGCCCCGACACGCGGACCCGGCGCUAGCCAGAACGCCCUCUUCCAAGCGCAGUCCCCGGCGGUCGGUCGCCGCGGCGUUCACCGUCCAGGGCGGCGGCGGCCUUGCAGGGGGCUUGCCGGACUGGCCGCUCGACGAGUUCUUUGGCUUCUCCGAGUACAGCGCCGGCCUCGCCUUCGCUGAGAAUGACACGUCCAAGGCCGACAGCGGGAAGCUCGGGAGCACCGACGGCUCGCCGGCCGGCCGGCCGUCGUCCGACGCGUCCCAGGACUUCUUCGGGCAGGUGCCGGAGUUCCACCAGUGGUCCGUGCCGGAGCUCCCUUCCCCGCCCACGGCCUCGGGGCUCCACUGGCAGGGCGGCCCGCGCCACGGCGCGGCCACCACCACCGACGUGGCCGCCGUGUUCGUGCCGGACAUCUCGUCCCCGGAGAACCCCUUCUGGUGCUACGCCACCGCCGCUGGCCAGGCGCCGACGAAGCGCCGCAGGAGAUGUUGAAGUAGGGAAGAUCGAGAUUGUCUUGUUCAGUACUGGAGUGGCGUAGGCUUGCAAGAAACAAACACAGUUGCUGUACUGUACUCCCAUGGUGACGUACUAUCUAUAUACUCCAUAUCGCAGCAGCGUAGCUCGUAGGGAAGUGCGGAGCUAGAGUGGUUAAUUAGGGCUACUCUACUACUACCAUUGUAUUUUUUUUGUUGCUGUUGACGAUGAUUAAUUAGGACGCCUAAUAUGUAGUACGGGGUAGGUUGGUUGUGUGUUAGCUUGGCGCGUGCUAUCAGAGAAUUGAUGAGAAAAAGGUAAGAUGGAAAUAAAGAAAACGAUUGUUGUG